AUGGCAGCUACACGACGUCUGCAACAGACUUUGUCACAUUUUCAACCGCCAAAGGCACCUGAACAGCUUUCAGUUGUUUACGGCCCUACCCAACCUCCCCUACUAGACAUCACCCUCGGAGAGUUACUUGCAUUACAGAGCCUUCAAUAUGGAGAACACGAGUGCCUAGUGUUCCCUUGGACAGGAACCCGAUGGACAUAUUCCGACCUGAACGAUGAGGCUGAUAGAUUGGCUCGAGGCCUAUUGGCGAUGGGCAUUCACAAGGGCGAUCGUAUAGGAAUUAUGGCUGGCAAUUGUGAACAGUACAUCUCUGUCUUCUUUGCAGCAGCACGGGUCGGGGCUAUUCUAGUGGUACUCAACAAUACUUACACGCCGUCGGAGCUCUACUACGCUCUGGAACACACAGAUUGCCGAUUACUGUUUAUGACGCCUCACAUUGGCCGUCACAACUUAGAGGAGGUGCUGUCAAAUCUGGGUCCUCAUCCCAAGCGGAAAGGAUCAUCGGCUGCAUUGGAAGAGAUCGUCAUUUUGCGGGGUGAACACUCGAACUUCCCAACAUAUAACAAUGUCAUCGAAAGAGGGUUAUCGGCUUCCAGCAAUGCCUUGCUGGAUCGACAAGCACAAUUAACAACAGGUGAUGUUUGCAAUCUACAGUUCACCAGUGGCUCAACCGGAAACCCUAAAGCUGCCAUGUUGACGCAUCACAAUUUGGUCAACAACUCCCGCUUCAUCGGAGACCGGAUGGACCUCACCUCGUUCGAUAUCCUCUGCUGCCCUCCACCCCUCUUCCACUGCUUCGGACUCGUCCUUGGAAUGUUAGCUGUUGUCACACAUGGCGCGAAGAUCGUCUUCCCCAGCGAAACUUUCGACCCGAAGUCAGUUCUCCACGCGAUCUCAGAUGAAAAAUGUACUGCUCUGCAUGGUGUCCCGACUAUGUUUGAAGCCAUCCUAAGCCUACCCAAACCACCGAACUUCGACACACGUAAUCUACGCACUGGAAUCAUCGCUGGCGCCCCUGUUCCUCGCCCGUUGAUGAAACGGUUGUUCGAAGAAUUGAAUAUGACACAGUACACUAGCAGCUACGGCCUCACGGAAGCCUCACCUACCUGCUUCAACGCAGUCACGACCGACACCAUCGAGACCCGAUUGAGAACAGUGGGCAAAGUGAUGCCCCAUGCGAAAGCGAAGAUCAUCGACGCGGAAGGCCGCAUCGUCCCGGUCGGCCAGCGAGGAGAACUAUGCAUCGCAGGCUACCAAUUAACCAAAGGAUACUGGAACAACCCCGAAAAGACGGCCGAAACCCUAACGACCGACGCCGACGGCACCACGUGGCUAAAGACGGGGGACGAGGCCAUAUUCGAUCCGCAAGGCCGCUGCACUAUUACCGGACGGUUCAAAGACAUUAUCAUACGUGGUGGAGAAAACAUCUAUCCGUUAGAAAUCGAGGAGCGACUGGCAAGCCACCCAGCCAUCGAGGUUGCAUCGGUGAUCGGCAUUCCUGACCACAAGUACGGAGAGGUGGUUGGGGCCUUCAUCGCGCUGGCUCCGGGUUACGAGGACAAGCGACCAUCGGACGAGGAGUUGCGGGUCUGGACACGCGAGAAAUUGGGUCGACAUAAGGCCCCGCAGCAUGUGUUCGUGUUUGGUGAAGAGGGUGUGGAUCGAACAAUCCCAAUUACGGGCAGUGGGAAAGUCCGGAAGGUAGAUUUACGGAAGACUGCGGCACAGGUUCUGGAGCAGCGUGCGAAAGCGAAUUGA